AAUGGUGAGUAACCAAAGAAACAAAGCGAUAAGAUAACCCAACCCAACCCAUUUUCAGUUUCCACCAUUUUUCAAUUUUUCCAAUCACCAUGGAAGCCACCGCUACUCUCUUCAGCUUUUCUCUUCCUUCCACCAAAACCCAAACCCGCCAUUUCAUAACCCGACCCGUUAACCCAUUCUACUCCCCCUCAAAACCCGUUUUCAAAACCCGCCGUUCCCUCCCUUCCAUCACCGCCACAAUCUCCCGCACAAGGAAAGAAGAAACCGUCGAAUCCGUCAGACACCAGCUCGAAAACUGCUACCUCCUCGCCGGAAUCAACUACAAAGGCCUCACCGUGAAGCAGUUCCAAGACCUCCGGAAAUCUCUCCCGGAGACAACCAAACUCCUCGUCGCGAAGAACACUCUGGUCUACAAAGCGCUUGAAGGAACGCAAUUCGAACCGCUGAAGCCGUGUAUGAAGGGUAUGAACGUGUGGCUGUUUGUUCACACGGAAGAGAUUCCUGCUGCUAUUAAGCCUUAUAGGGAUUUUCAGAAAGAGAUGAAGCUUGAGGAGAAUGAUUUCACUGGUGCGGUUUUUGAAGGAAAGUUUUAUGGGCCUGAUGAGUUUAAGAAACUCGAAACGUUGCCGACUCGGGCGGAGAUUUAUGCUAAUUUGUUGGGGUCUUUGAAGAGCCCGGCUUCGAGUUUGGUUACGACGAUUCAGGCUCCGGCGAGGGAGCUUCUUAUGGUUCUUAAGGCACAUAUUAAGAAUCUUGAAGAAAAGGAACAAGGUAGUGCUGUUUAAUAGGGUAUUGUUUGUAUCUUUGUUUUUAUAGUUUUUAUGUUACAAUGUUUCUCUUGUUUGUUACAUUUGAGUAUGUAUGUUUGUGUUCAUUCUGAUAUUAUGUUUACAAAUGUAGAUUGAUUGAUAUGUAGAAUGGUGCAUUCUUUUGGUUCCUUUUGUUAGGGUAGAUAUGAUGUAUGGAUAAUUUGUUUUCAUUGAAUGAUGCAAUUUCACAAA